CUUGUUGCAGUUCAGGUGAUUGAGUGAUUGAUAGAUAGAAGUGUUCAAGAACGGAGGAAACAACAAUGGCUUCAUUAGACAGGAAAUCAUCUAUUGAAAAUGAACCUCGGACUCUAAAUAUUCAACAAUUCCAACUUGCAAGGGAAGCAGCACUUUAUGUGAUGAGCACGAGGAGCAUGGAAGAAGCACUUGGAAUUUUUACUAAGGGGCUGGAACCAGUGGUGAAUUGUGCGAGAGAGAACGAGGCCACCAUGAUGGACUAUGAUUAUGAGGACUUAGAGAUCUCACACAACCAAUUAAGGGAUAUUGAAUCUGCACCUUUUUGAUUUAUUCAUUCAGUUGAACAGUUUCUUGAUCAGUCAUUAUCACAAUACAUUGUAAAAAUCUUGUAAUCUAGUGCCAACAUGUGAAUCUUUUUCUUCUUGUUCUGGUUAGAAUCCUGGCAUUCUAAUGGAAGCAUAUGUAUACCUUUUAUUUUAA